GGCCCGCCGCGCCUCGGCCAGGCCCUGGAGAGCCUCACCAUAGCCCGACUCGCCGCUGGGAGGCGAGUUCCGUGCGCCCGGGGAUCUCCUCCUCCCAGCCACGAUCCGAGGUCCCAGCCCAGACCCACGGAAUGAGCAUGCCCAGAACACCCUGAACACCACGGCCCAAGAGCAUAUUGUUUGGAAGCUCCUCCGCUCUAACCCUCUGGACUUCAGAACCCGCGGGUAGCUGGCUCGGUUCCCCGCCCCGCCCCCAGACCCGGAGGCCGUCUUACUGCCCCGAGUGUAAGGCCUACCGCCCUCAUGUCCACUCUGCUGAUCCAGCAUCCCCAGUAUGCUUGGCUGCAAGAGCUGGGGCUCCGCGAGGAAAACGACGGCGUGUAUAAUGGAAACUGGCGCGGCGGGGGAGAGGUGAUUACGACCUAUUGUCCUGCUAACAAUGAGCCAAUAGCAAGAAUCCGACAGGCCAGCAUGGAAGACUAUGAAGAAACCAUAAAGGAAGCCAAGGAAGCUUGGAAACUGUGGGCAGAGGUUCCUGCCCCAAGGCGUGGAGAAAUAGUGAGAAAGAUUGGCGAUGCCUUGCGGAAAAAGAUCCGAGUACUGGGAAAACUGGUGUCUUUGGAGAUGGGGAAAAUCUUAGUGGAAGGAGUAGGAGAAGUUCAAGAGUACGUGGACAUUUGUGAUUACGCCGCCGGCUUGUCGAGGAUGAUCGGAGGACCUGUCUUGCCUUCUGAAAGACCUGGCCAUGCUCUCCUCGAGCAGUGGAACCCGUUAGGCCUGGUGGGAAUCAUCACUGCCUUCAACUUCCCGGUGGCUGUGUUUGGUUGGAACAAUGCCAUAUCACUGAUCACAGGGAACGUCUGCGUUUGGAAAGGAGCGCCAACAACUUCUCUCAUUAGUAUAGCAGUCACAAAGAUCGUAGCCAAGGUUUUGGAGGACAACCAGCUGCCUGGUGCCAUUUGUUCCCUGACGUGUGGUGGAGCAGAUAUUGGCACAGCAAUGGCCAAAGAUGCACGUGUGAACCUGCUGUCCUUCACUGGGAGCACUCAGGUGGGCAAGCAGGUGGCCCUAAUGGUGCAGGAGAGGUUUGGGAAAAGCUUGUUAGAGCUCGGAGGAAACAAUGCCAUCAUUGCUUUCGAGGACGCGGACCUCAGCUUGGUUCUUCCAUCCGCUCUGUUUGCCGCUGUGGGAACAGCCGGCCAAAGGUGUACCAGUGUGAGGCGACUGUUUUUGCACGAAAGCAUCCAUGACGAAGUUGUACAAAGACUGAAAGGUGCCUACUCACAGAUCCGUGUUGGGAACCCCUGGGACCCGAAUAUUCUCUAUGGACCACUCCAUACCAAACAGGCAGUGGACAUGUUUGUUAGAGCCGUGGAAGAAGCCAAGAAAGAAGGGGGCACAGUGGUCUACGGGGGCAAGGUUAUGGAUCACCCUGGCAAUUACGUAGAACCCACCAUUGUGACCGGUCUUGCCCAUGAUGCACCGAUUGUACACACAGAGACAUUUGCCCCAAUUCUCUAUGUCUUCAAAUUCAAGAAUGAACAAGAUGUUUUUGCUUGGAAUAAUGAAGUGAAGCAGGGACUUUCGAGUAGUAUUUUUACCAAGGAUUUGGGCAGAAUCUUCCGCUGGCUUGGACCCAAAGGUUCUGACUGUGGCAUUGUGAACGUCAAUAUUCCCACCAGCGGGGCUGAGAUUGGCGGUGCAUUUGGCGGAGAGAAGCACACUGGCGGAGGCCGGGAGUCUGGCAGUGACGCCUGGAAGCAGUACAUGCGGAGGUCUACGUGUACCAUCAACUACAGCAGGGACCUUCCUCUGGCUCAAGGCAUCAAGUUUGAGUGAUGAUGCUUCAGUUUGGCAUAACUUAGCCAUUCCCGCGGCUGCUCCGAAGAAGCCCAAGAAAAUGUUGGUUUGCCCUGAUCAUCCGAGUACAACAGUGGCUAAUUUCCAGUGAUCCCCAAACCUGACUAAAUCAAGAUACUCAGUUUUCAAAAAUUCACAUUAAAUAUUUUCAACCUAGUUACAUUUAGCAAAGUA